GGCGCGUGAUGUCACGGUGGGCACAUCUCCCAUUGGUUGGAAGAAGACGUUCGCUCAUCGCCAUGGUAACGCCAAACAGGUACUUCUGUAAGGAGCAAUCCGUAGAGCGCCUGUGUGAGGAUAGAACGUUUGGUUAGAGAAAGCAGUCGCAAUGAGUGCACAGGAAGUUUCCUCUGUAUUGAACUAUGGAAUGACCAAAACCCAUCAAAUCCCCAUUGACCACCUUGAUUACAGUUUUAUAGAAAAGUGUUCGGAUAUCAAACAUCUGGAAAAAAUACUGUGGGUUCUGAGGUCUGGUGAAGAAGGACAUUACCCAGAGCUAACAGUGUUUUGUGAGGAACGGCUUGGGAAUUUAGCUCCUCAGAGUCGUGCUUUGCGGAAAGACAAACCCCCGGCCACUGCUGCUGACUUCUCAUUAGAAGACUGGAGGAAUAUUGAUAAUGAUUUAAAGGAAUGGUUGGUGGAUAUAAAAAUGAAGGCGCAAAAUGAAUCCGUUAUUCAACCUGACACAGAAAAUCUUCCAUCUGUACGGAGUUACCAUAGUCUCCCCGCUGACAAAAAACAGAGAGGGAAAGAGAAAACAGGUGUGAGCAAAAAAGUCCCACGAGACUAUAGAGACUGGGAUAGAUUUGAUGUAGAGAAAGAGUUGUCCCAAGUUGAAGAUGAUGCUGAGAGAAAGGAACAAUCAAAAACAAUAACACAUUCUAAAACAUCAGCUAUUAAGAAAACCAUAAACGCAGCAGGUUUGAGCAUGACACAAAGAAGAUUUAUAGCAGAGAAUGAGAAAGGAAAGGGAAAUGAAGCUUUUAGAUCUGGGGACUACCAGGAAGCAAUAACGUAUUAUAGCAGGAGCAUUUCUGUCUUGCCCUCAGCAGCAGCAUAUAACAACAGAGCACAAGCGGAGAUCAAGUUGAAUAACUGGCAGAAUGCACUGAAUGACUGUGAGAGGGUGCUGGAGUUAGAUCCUGGAAACACAAAAGCUUUUUUACGAAGGGCCAUAACCCACAAGAACCUAGCCAAUUACAAGGCAGCAGAAACCGAUUUGAGGAGAGUCUUAUGUCGGGAACCAGACAACCCAGUUGCUAAGAAAGCUUUUACUGAUGUUGAGGAGUUGCUGCAGAAGGCAGAGGAAGAAACGCAGAGCAAAGGAAGGAAAAUUGUUAUUGAGGACAUAGAGGGGUCAGAUGAAGAAUAUAACAGACCUUCCAAAUGUGAGAAAGAAGCCGGUGUGUCAGCAGGGGAGCAGAGUGACAUGGGGAAUGCACAAAAUAAGCCCUUUCCCAAGAAAAACAGCCCUAGAAGCAAGGAAUGUGGGGCUCCCAGCCACUCACCGAAUGGAGUGAAGAAAGACUGCGGCAAUGGACAGCAGCCAAGGAAUCCAUGUGAAGAGAAGGACAGCCUAAAUCAGCACACCACCGAGAACACAUCAAAGAGAGGCAGUAAGGAAGUGAAGCCCUCAGCAGAGCCCCUUUCUUCAGCAGCACAGCUAAAGUCAGAGGGCAACCAGCUGUUUAAGAAUGGCCAGUUUGCUGAUGCUGCAGUCAAGUAUUCAGAAGCCAUAGGAAAUGUCAAGCACACACAAUCAGAGAAUGCAGAGGAACUGGCCAUCUUGCAUUCUAACAGAGCCGCUUGCCACUUGAAGGAUGGCAAUAGCAGGGAGUGCAUUGAAGAUUGCAACAGGUCAUUAGAGCUGCAGCCAUUCUCGGUUAAGCCACUGUUACGCCGGGCGAUGGCUAACGAGUCCCUGGAGAGGUACAGACCAGCGUAUGUGGAUUAUAAAACUGUCUUGCAAAUUGACAGUUCCAUACAAGUGGCACAUGAUAGUAUCAACAGGAUUGCAAGAACUUUAAUAGAACAAGAUGGGCCCAACUGGAGAGAGAAACUGCCCCAAAUUCCCACUGUACCAGUCUCUAUUCACUUACAACAACAUGGUGGAGGUGACCCUGCUUCCAAUAGCAGCCAGCCCAAGAGUCACGUGGAACAUGGUAAAUCGCCCGAGGAGAUGUUGCAGGCUCUGAAAACCGAAGGCAAUGAGUAUGUGAAGAAAGGAAAGUACAGAGAGGCUGAGAAGAAGUAUAGUGAAUGCCUGAAGAUAAAUGCAGAAGAAUGUACCUUGUACACAAAUAGGGCCCUGUGUUACUUGAAACUGAGUCAGUAUGAAGAGGCCAGGAGCGACUGUGAAUGUGCUCUGCAGAUUGACACUUUAAAUAUCAAAGCCUUGUACAGACGAGCACAGGCCUACAAAGGAUUAGAGGAUUAUCAAGCGUGUGCUAAUGAUCUCCAAAAGGUCAUCUCUGUGGAUCCUAGUAUUACAGAAGCAAAGAAAUUGCUGGAUGAAAUUGCUCCCUUUCUUGCAGCAGCUGAUGAUAUUAACAAAGGGCAGGAAAAGCAAAGAAAGAAGAUCCUAAUAGAGGAGGUGAAUGAAGCUGAUGUUGAUGGGGAAGUGUCUAAUAACAACCACUGCAAUGGACAAGAAAGUGCAGCACUUGCAGCUAAACCAAGAUCUCCCAUUACCAGGCCUGCCAAUGCCUAUGAGUUUAGUCAGCAGUUAAAUGAGAUAAAGGCAAUGAAAGAUGAGACUGCCUGUGCGGAUCUCUUAUCUGUCAUAGAACCAAAGGACUUGCCUGUGCUUAUGAGCAACAAGUUAGAGGAAGACAUUCUCCUGCUGAUUGUACGGUCAAUGCAACACUGUCUUCUUCCCACGGCACCCGGUCUGGUGUACCAGCACCUCUCACACCUGAGCAAAGCAGAAAGGUUUAAGAUAGUGGUCAUGCUCUUGAGUAAGAACCAAAAGGAUGAAAUUCAGGAUCUCUUUGAUUCCCUCACUCAGAACCAGAAUGGGGAUAUGGAGCGGGAGGCUGUACUGAGCCUUGCAAGGGAAUAUGAACUUUAAAUCUAUGUUUAUGGAACUCGCUGACUUUCUAUGCACGGUUGUGUUGUAAUGGAUUGCUCGGGAAAGGCUAAACUAUGCAAUGUUCACGCAUGAAUGUUAUUUAAAGGGGAACUCCACACAAAUAUAACUUAAGCUUUUUGAAAAGUAAACAUAAUUUCAAGUAACUUUGCAAUAUACAUCAAUUAAAAAAUAUGUAGAAUUUUCAUGAUUUUUAAUGG